AUGGCGCAGCUAUUGAGGGUGAGGUCCUAAAGUGAUCUUGUUCUCAGAUGAAAUGAGUUUUCCAGCUUAAAAUUCGAGGUGUGCGCAGUGUUGGCGACAAUUCCGAAGAUUGCCAUAUUGUAACAUUUCUUAAUCCGUUGACUAUUAUCAAUGGCCCGAAUGGAACUGGGAAAACAGUAAUUUUCCUUCACUGAUUGCUACGUAGGAAAUUUUUUUUCAGACAACAAUCGAGUCCUUGAACUACAUCACUACAAGCGCUCUACCCAGUGGAAAGCUCAACUCUUUCAUUCAUAGCCCAGAUGUAAGCUCAACGGACUUUUGAACUUGAAGAAUCGUUUUGAAUAUUUUGAGGUAGCCCGGAAAUCGCGGGUAGAUGGUUCGAUUGCGCUAGAAUUCAAGGAUGUGAAAGGUCGCGUUUGCACAGCUACCAAAAGAAUGGUGGCGACGGUGAAAGAGGUCUCAUAUGUUUCAGGUUUGUAUUAACUUAAUUAAUGUAUUUAGGGAAAGCUGCAGUGCAAAUCGGAGGAAUUCACUCUGAAAGUGCAAAUGCCGAACGGUCGAGAGCACACUAUUUCGAGUAAAGUUUCGGAUUUCCAACGUGCCGUGCGUUUUGUUUUAUUUUUAUAAGAAAGGUGAUUUGACUCGAAACUUUGCAAUUUUUGACAUUAAAGGCGUUUACCCAUUUUUAAAUUCAGUCCAUGAUAAGAAUUUUGAAAGUAUCACUUUGACCAAAAUUCUAGGUUUGCUGAAAAGAUUGAAUUGAGAUUCCUAGUUGGAUGGAAUACGAAAUUGCCGGGUUUGUAACAUUUUCCUUCAGAUGAUCCAACACAUGGGUGUUCCGCCCGCUAUUCUCGAUCAUGUAAUUUUUUGCCACCAAGAAGAAUCUUGUUGGUCGGUUCCACCUUUUUGAAGGAUUUAUUUUUUGCUGAUUGUGCAGGCCUUUGAGCGAACCCAAGGAGUUGAAAAUGCGAUUCGACCGGAUUUUCCAAUUAACCAAAUUUGUGAAGGCGAUGGAAACCAUGAAAAAGAUGAAAAGAGACUUCGUAUGGUAAAUUUUCUCUUGGCUGAUGCUCAUUUUUUACCUCCAGGACAACGAAUUGAAAGUUCUCACGGAAAAGCAGCACAAUGCGGAGGAUAAACUCAAAUCGAAGUUCAAGGUUUUUUUGUUGAAGAAAAGUUCUUUUAAUUAUGUUUUCAGUAUGUCCUCGGCGAAAAACACUGGAAGAAGAAAAAAGCCGACGUUCAGGAGAAAUUGAAUGAACUAACUGUUCGUUUCACGAAAAAAAUGUUUUAUUUUUCCAUUACUCUUCUCAUUCAGGAACUUAUCGCCGAUAAGAAGUUUGUGAUGAAUGAUUUGGGAAGUAAACUGAACGAAAUGCAUAACGCUGAGCGACAAAAAGGUUUUCGAUCAAAAUAUUGAUUUUUGAAGAUCGUCUGUUCAAAAGAAGACUAGGUUAUUUGACGGUGCAGAAGUCUUGCACGGAAAUUCUCACAUACUGCAUGGAAAUCGCUUCUGCAAGGUGUUAUGAAAUAACAAUGGGGAAUUAUUGAAGAGCUCAAAGAAGCCGAUUUGCGGGCAACGAAAGAUCAAAUUGCCCUAUUGCGCGUCAACCCGUACAGUGGAACUGAGGAGCAACUUCUUCAGGAAAUCAAUGAAGUUUCCGAAAAAUUUCUGCCGGUUCAGUUUAUGUCCUCGAUUGCAGAUGAAAAGUUCCAGCGAUUUUCGCCAGAUGGAGUCCGAGAACCGGAAGAUACAACAGAAUAUUGAAGCAGUUUCAAGACAAAUCGAACAGAUUUCCAAGGAAAAGAAAGAUUUGGAAGAGCGAAAUUCGCGCUGGCAAGCAGCUAUCAUGGUUUCGUACCUUUUCUGUUAAAAAAAAAAAAAAAGUAUAACUUUGUACGAACAGAAAAAAAAUGUAAAAGUGAGGAAAAUUUCCUAUUAUUGCGCUCUAAGAAAUAUAGAGAAGCUCAAUUUUUUUCCUCUUCAAAUCAUCGUUCUCUAAGACAAAAUCUGAUAAUCUUAUAAUCUAAACACUUGUUGAAAGAAGAGCAUCUCAGUGAAAUAUCAGAAAACUUUUUCGUCUGGAAUAAAAAAAAUUCUUCGCUGUUUUGAUUUUCGCUAAUCUGCAUGUUCAAAAUCAAAAGAGAAAAGAUCCGCUAAAGAUUUCAAAAUAAAGCUCUGCAGCACCGCGACGGAGUCUUGAACGAAUUGAAGUUUUUGGAAGAGAAAAUCCGUUCGAGUCACGAUGAAUCUCCGCAUUUGCCUGUGAUCGAGAUGCUGGAUCAUGAGAUCAGCCAAAAAACUCGGAAAAUGCAGGAGUGUUUGGUAGGCGACUUCUUUUCGAUUGGAAAAGGGUUGCGAGUGUAGAACACGGCGCAAGAAGAUCUGGACGAAUACCAACAGAAAGUGGAUUCUGCGCAAACCGCCGUGAUGAAAACCGAGAUGGAGCUGAACAACGGACUUCUCGAGGAGAAGAAGCUGCGCAGCGCCCUUGGCGCCUUGGAUUCCAAGCUCAAAAUGAUCUCCGGAGCAACCGAAAGGUAAAAAAGUUGGAAGCCUUCCUUUUUCAUUUUGGGUUACUCAUCAAUAACCUUGUAGUGUGAUAUAACUCUUUAUACUCUUUGUGGCGCAAACGAUUCAAAGAUAGAAGCGUGAGACAAAAAACAUUUUCCCAUAAAUUUCUUUGCUUUUUAUUCGUUUUUUUUUUUACCGCAGCUGCAAAAAGAAGAAAUUGUUUUGUGCCUCAAAUAAAAAGUUGAAUCCUGGACUUUCCUGAAUCUUUUUUUCUUUCAAUAUAUCUCAAAAAUUUUUUUAUAGAGAAAAAGGUUUUAGUAAUUUAAAUGUAGGAGCUCGAGAAAGAUACUUCUUAAAAAUUGAAGCUUUGAAAUGGAUAAAACAGUUCGUUACUUUUCUCCGCAGUUGUUCAGGGAGUACUAAUUUUCAGCAUCGCGUGUCUUUCCGAGAAAAUGCAAAAAAUCGAGGACGAGCUCUCGAAUCUGCCAAGUCUCGACGAAAACGAGAUGAACAAGUUGAUUGCAGAUCGAGUCGACGCCCAGAAAAAAGUUUCCUAGCUCGAUUUUUCUCCCUCUUUCAGUUAGCAGUUCAGCUUGACGAAAUAAACGACCGAUGUUCGCGUGCGGCGACGUUUGUCGAUGUUGAGAAGAAUCUGGCGACAAAAAACGAGCUGCUAGAAGACUAUAUCGAGAAAAUCAGCGAUUUGCACCGAAAGCACGAAGAAAAUUGGAAUGUUCUGUACAACGGAACCACAAGGCCGUCGCCUCCUUUUGUGUUCGUCUUUUAUUGGAUCAAAAACCGAAAAGUCUCGGAAUGUACUCUGGAAACAUUAGGAAAAUAAUUCCUUGCCGCUCAAAAAAUUAUUAACUUCAAUAAUGCGGGAAUAGUUUCAGAAGUUGGCUGAUUCCCAACUAGGCAAACGCUUCUUGAAGCACAUUUUUAUAUGUAUAAAACAUUAUGUGCAAGAUAUCCGAAAAAGCGGAUUUUUCAGCAACAAUCCUAUGUUUUUUUGUUUCCAAAGUAACUGAAAAAAAAAAUUGAGAAUGAUCGUUAAAUAAUUAUUUUCUGAGAGAAAGCUAAAAACGUUUCAUAUCAGAAAAAAUCAGUUUCAGAGUGUUUUGAAGAUUUUCGCGAAUUUCUCUACGUUCCCUGCCCUCGAAGCUUUUUCAAUUUUUUUCGGAAACUUACUUCAAGCUUUACUGUGUUAAUGAAAGACGCCUUGUUUUCUUUUUUAAUUAAAGUUCGCAACUGCGAGAUAGUUUUUUUUUUUCAGAAAUGCGAUCAAGGAUAUGAGCGGAAAGAUUGGCGUCUCAUUGGCCGACGUAGAAAAUGAGCUGAAAGUGGCUCAAAUGGAGUCGCAACGAGUCAACAUAGCCGUCGUGCAGUCAAAAACUGAGCGGAACGAACUGAUUGAGGAAAUCAAGGCCACCGAGAAACAAAUUUUUGAUGUAUUUUUUGGAUUCUGAGCGUUGAUAUUUCUGUCUUGCCAGAUGUGUGGAUGUAGCCCCGAAGAAGUCGAGAAUCGCUUGAAAGAAGUGAGAGCCGAGCUGAAAAAAGCCCGGAAAGAACUUGCUCCGAUCGAUGCGAAGACGGUCUCAAAUCUUCUCUAAUGCUCGAAAAAACAAUGUUUUUGAAGGCACUUUACGAGUCUUGGAUUGAAGAAUCAACGGAAAAGUCAUGCUGCCCACUCUGUGAGCGCAAGUUCCACACCAAAAACUCGGCGACUGAUUUUGCUAAUAAAGUGGGUUUUUUUUCACGGAACUUUUCGUCUCUUACGGUUUACAUUAUUUCAAAAAAAAAAAAUCUCAAUUAGUAUAACUCCGACUUUUCUCCGGUCAUAAAUACUAUAAUAAACUUUCUCCUCACAAAAUAUAACAAAAACAAAAAAAUUCAGCUUCGUAACGUGUCGAUGUCGGUGCCAGAAGAACGGGAUCAACUGUCAAAGCGCGUUUUGCAUAGGGAAGAGCUGGAAAAACAGCUGUCUGGAGCUCAAAUUCAUGCACAAAACAUCAUGUCAGCCUUCAAAUACUUUUGAAUCUAAUUUUUUUUUCUUUAGUGGAAAUCUAUUAGAUUCCUUGCUAUCUUCAAUUUUUCAGAAAGUUGAAAGAGAAAGAGAAAGAGGUCAAGCUGAAGAUUGAAGAGUCAACGAAAGAAAUGGCAUAUUCCAACACUGUUGUCGGCCAAAUGCAGAACAAUCGCGACAAGUUGGCCUAUCGCCAGUCGGUUGCUCACUCGCUUCAAGUAGAUAACUUCUCUGCUACAAAGACCUUCAAAACGUUCAGAACGACGCUUCAAUGAUGGACUUGCUACAAGUCUCCAUAGACAAACUUCGACUCGAAAUUUCGGAUCUCAAAAAUACUCUUCGGAAGCGAAAUCAAGGCGAAACUUAUUCUGAAUUGAAGAAAUUUCGCGAGCUGCAAGAAGUUUUUGACUUUUUCUCAUUCACUUCUCACUGAUGAAUUGUUUUUUCAGGAAUACGUUAAAAGUCUACACUCACAGGGGGAAAAGAUGCAAGUUUUGUCGAAUAAACGAAACUCUCUUCUAGCUCAGGUUUCUUUUAGCGGUUUUGAAGCACUGCCAAUUUUUUUCGUUUAAUGAAUUUGAUCGCCCUGGACUUGAUUUGCGAUGAAAAAAUUUUUUUUCUUUAGUUUUUACCACUUUAAGGCCUUUCCUUUAGACCCGCUUUUCAUAUAUUUGUCACGGAAAAAGAGCUAGAGAUUUUUCGCGAUAAAGAAGUUUUCAACCGUUAAAAACUGUAAUGAUCCGUGCGAUAAAGACCAUUUUUCUAGAAAAUUCUUGUUUUUUUUUUUCAGUUCAACGCGCUUCGAGAACAACGAGUGUCUUUGGGAGAGAAUGCGGCCCAAUCUACACAUCUUCAAGAAGAGGUUUUGCUCCAAUCUUAAUAGAACUUGCAAAGUUUCCUAGCGCAAUUCCAAAAUGGCCGAAUUGCGUUCGUCGAAGGAGAAAAUUGCGGAUUUGGAGCUUCAGUUGCCCGUAGUCAGUAAAAAACUCGAGGUUCGUUUAGACGAGAAAUGCGCGAUUAGUGUGGUUUUAUCAGCUCGAAACACUCGAAAGAAAUCAGAGGAACGAAGACAGACGCGUUUUGGAAUCAGAGUUGAUGGCCGAAAUCAACGGUUUCAUUUUUUUCGAGUCAUUUAUUUUCAAGUAAAUGUUCAAGAUUUGCAAUCAAUUCUUACGAAAUACGAAGAUCUGAAGAAAAAGUAUGACACUAUUCCUGAUCAUUCUGAUGAGGUUAGUUUUUCGUACCUUUUUCCCAUUUAUAGCUCUGAGUUCAGAUGGCCCGCAACAGGAAGACUGUGGAAAAGAUUUCGAACGAUUUGGUUGUUGCUAACAAACGGAAAAUGGAGCUGGAGAUGAAAGCGAACGACGUGGCUGGAUCGGUACUACAAAAAAGAAUGUAGGAAACUGAGAACCAACGUUUGAGCAAACGAAGCGCCGCACUCUGGAUGACCAACUGACUCGCAUGCACCUAGAAGCGAAAAUUGAACGGGUGCAGGAAGAGCUUAGAAGUCUGGCAACUCAGGGCGCGAGCCUCAGAGAAGUCCAAGAUAGUUACUCUGUGGGUGAAAAGUGUUAUGAAAAGAUGUUGUUGCAAAUUUUCAGAAGGCCAAGUCCGAGGUGGAAAAGGCAGAAGUGGAAGUCGGCAGACGAAACGGCAUCUUGGAGGAGAUCAAUGUGAAGGUACGUCAAAGGGUGACUAAAGAUGGCUGGCAAAUUAGUCUGGGAAAAAAAGUCUUAUGAGUUUCUGCAAUGCUCCAUAUGGACUAUAGCCUAUUCCACGCCAGCUUUUCACGUUUUUCUUUCCGCCAAAUAGACCGUAUACCAAAUUAGAUCAAAUUACUGCUUUUAUAACGGCAAGAAACAAAGGUCAUGAAGCGAAGUUGGUCGAAUUUGACCUGGCCUUUUGGCGGAAAGAAAAACGUGACAAGCCGGCGCGGAAUGGCCUAUAAAAGUGAAAUUUUAAUUUCAAAUUAGUUCAUAAAUGAAAACUUCGAUGAAAAUGCGACCAACGUUUUUCUUCCAAAACUUUUUCCUCUUUUUCAACUCAUAAUUCUCACAUCUACUCAUUUUCACAACUUGAAACGACCUAGGGUCGCUUUUUCGACAUAACGGGUGGCUGGACCGUUUUUAAUCGUUUCCUGAGCAAAAAAGAAUUUUUUCCGAUGCACUUUAUGAAAAUAGGAAGAAAAAUUGUUUUCUAGCUGCAAGAAGCUCAUGAAAAUCUGCAACUGAAAGACUGUGUGAACGCCGAGAAAGUUUAUAGGAACAUCUGCAUUGAGAGCUGCAUCAUCAAUGAAUCUGCCAAGGUUUCAGUGUUGACCUUUUUCGGAACUUAUCAAGCUUUCAGGACUUGGAAAAGUACAUGAGGUGCUUGGACUCGUCGCUGAUUUCGUUCCAUUCGGAGAAAAUGACGGCUAUCAACGAGAUAAUCGACGACUUGUGGCGCAAAGUCUACAAGGGAAUGGAUAUUGAGACAAUCAAAAUAAGGUUUUUUUAAAUUUGAUUGGAAACUGGUAAUUUCUUUGGACAGGUCGAAGAAUGCGGAAACGGGCGUUCGGAACAAGGCCUACGACUAUUCAGUCGUCAUGAUUGUCGAAGGAGGAAUUGAGGUGGAAAUGCGGGGAAGAUGCAGCGCCGGACAAAAGGUCGGAAACCAGCCAGGACCGCUUUUUUCCUCAAAUUUUGGUCUCAUUCAUUUAUAUGGAGCUGAAAACUCAUAAUAGACUAAUGAGCUUGGAAAACAAGUUUUGAAGGAAAGUGUCGGGACCUUGAAUUCUUGGUUGCAAAAGUUUUCUCAAGUGGAAAUAGCUUGUGAAUAUUCUGGCUCCAACGAUGUGUAAAAGAGAAGCUAUUCUCGCUCCUACGUCAUGUUAGAAACGAGUGGAUUUUUCAAUCUUGGGAGUUCGAAAUGACGGCACUCAGAUGCUGGCCUCGUUGUUGAUACGGAUCGCCCUCGCCGACGUCUUCGGAGGUCUGUGCUCGAUCAUCGCCCUCGACGAGCCGACCACCAACUUGGACACGACCAAGGUGGAGCACAUGGCCGAGAUGCUCAACGAGUUGAUUGCCGCACGACGCAACGAGGACGAGGACGGCGUCGUUCACGGCCGACAGUUCCAGGUCUAGGAACUCCCUGAAAUCUCACCCUACUGUGUUUCAGAUGAUUGUCAUCACUCACGAUGAACGGCUCGUCAACAAACUCACCCUUGCAAAUAAGCCGGACUACAUUUACAUUUUGGGGAAGAACCACCGAGGUCUCAGUUUUAUUCGUCGUCAGCUCCCGGACCGGUGAGGUUCCAAAAUCUUGAAAGAAAUCUCUUUUUCUUUACAGAACAUAUGAGAGCGAUAAGUCAUGA